AUGGGGACGGAAGAGGUGUCGCAAGAAACGACACUGUUGCUGCCCAACGCAUCCCGUGAUGGUGCUACCCGAACCGCUGCCGUGAACGCAGAGGUUGAAACCUGGAUGACGCCGCGCAUGGUCUUAUGGACGUUUACCGUGAGUAACUUUCUGCUCUACUUCGAUCGUGGCGCGACAGUCGGUGCGCUCUCCUCCAUCUGCUCCGACCGAGACAUCAGCGACAACGACACGCCGCUGUCCGAUGCUAAGAGGGGCUUCCUCGUCUCCGGGUUCAUUAUGGGCUACGUGGUUGCUAGCCCUUUCUUCACCUCCCGCGGUAGCGCGUGGGGCUCAAGGAUGGUCAUUCUGCUCGGGAUGGCGCUGUGGUGCGCUACAUGCCUCGCCUGCGCCAUCUCCCUCAGCUACACGGUCCUGCUGGUCUGCCGCAUCCUUGUUGGCGUGGCAGAGGCUGCGUUUGUCGCCUUCACUGUCACAAUCGUCGACAACACCGCCCCUGCCACGCAUCGGACAUCGUGGAUCGGUUUCUUUUACUCCAUGAUCCCCAUCGGAACGGCGGUGGGAAUGGGCUGCGCCGGCCUGCUGACAUCGUACCCGGCGCUGUGGGGCUUCACGCCUUGGCGUGUGAUAUAUGUCACUGAGGUGGUGGCGGCGCUGCCCAUUGUGGUGCUUCUCUGCUACAUCCCUGCUUGCUACCACCUUGCUCCGGCGACGGAAUUUACCCCGCAGUUGCCCUUUCUCACCGCGACUGGCAGUGUUUUAUGCAACGCAAACUACAUGCUGCUUGUGAUUGGGCUUUCAAUGUACUGCUUCGUGACCGGUGCCGUCUCGACCUGGGGAAUACCCUUGUUGCACGAGGGGCCUCUGCAGCUCCCCAAGGCCACCGCUGCGCUCUUAAUGGGCAUCGAGACGACGUGCAGUGCUGUGGCGGGCUCGCUGGUGGGUGGCCUCGCGGUCGACUACUGGGGUGGCAGCACUGGCUCUGUUGGUGUAAUCCAGUGCCAGCAGUUCAACAUCCUCAUGAUCCUCAUUGCGAUCCCCUGCGGGGUAGCUGCCCUCUUGAGAACUGAUGCGUUGGUCUUUGCGAUCACUUUUGCUGUGGCAGUGACAGCACUGUUCGCCAUCACAGCCCCCAUCAACGCCUCCAUUCUCACCGUGGUGCCAGCCGGCCUCCGUCCGUAUGCCGUUAGCUACUCCAUUUUCAUCAUCCACCUUCUGGGUGACUUUCCCUCACCAACGCUGGCGGGGAUCGUGUCAGACUUUUUUGGGCGGAGCUGCCGUGGUCUUUCACGUGACGGCUGCCACGCCGCUGAGCAGCAAUUCCAAUGUGCCUGGAUGGACGACGCAGAUGGUCUGGGGCGUUGCAUGUGCCGCGUUGAACUGCGCAACGCUCUUCUUUUAGUCUUCGCGUACCUAUUCCUUGCCCCGCCCUGCUGGACGGUAGUGUGGUGGCGUCUGCGGCGCGAAGUCCAAACUGCAGAUGUCAGCGCCGACGACGGGGAAGACUCGUCUACGUUGGGCACGCCAGGCAUGCCAGCGUUUCCCCUCUCACACUCGCACGAUGAGCAUGACGAAGUGCUGCACAUGUGCAUGUGGUGGAAGCGGUCUGGCCAUUACUAG